CUUACCGCGCAUCCUGACCAUCAGUUUGACUGUGUCAGAACUCUGCUUCCCUUUCUUGGGGCCGCGCCGCCGGGGCAGAGGUCGGACCAAGGUGUCCGUCGGACGCCGGCGCGCGCAGAUGACGGCGCCGAGCGCCCCGCCGCCAGCCCGGCGCGCGCUGCGCGAGGAGGUCCUCGGGAAGCAGCCCGGCGGCGCCGGCGCGACGGGCGCCGCGGUCGAGCGGAUCCGCUGGGUCGAGUGGGACAAGGAGCACUGGACAGAUUUCUGUGAAGCCACCGACCCCGAGGGCCAUUUCGUGUCCAGCAGCUCGCAGGGACACCAGGAGUACAACGACCGCCUCAAGGCCAUCGCCAUGCGCCAAGAGGGCUCGGCCAAGGCCGAGAUCGCGGCGGCCCUGGGCAGGUCGGAGAGGUUCGUGCAGGCCUGGUGGCGCAAGGAGCCCAAUGAGGUGCCGCGGCCGCCUGGGGUGCAUGAGUACCUCAAGACUGAGUAUUGGCGCGAUAUUCAAAUCACGCGGGGCUUCGGCGGGGGUCUCGGGAUCUACGACGAGGUGGUCCAGAGCUCCGACUGGCAGCAACAGAUGGCUUGGGGGAACGACUUCCGCAACGGCGGCCGGGUCAUAAAGUACGACAGAGAAGGGCGUAUGCGGCCCAUGGGCAACCAGCAAGCGAGGGGAGGGUACGAGCCUGGCCAGCGCCCCAACCUAGACAAAGUGACCCAGAAGUUGCUGAGCCAGCUCAGCAUCCAGGACCGCGUCUUGACGAGACCGGGGCUGCUCUGGUAUCCCGACGGCACGGCGGACGCCGUCCCUCACAGGCACGAGUGCUGGACUGCGCUGAUGUCGUUCGGCUCGCCGCGCAUCCUCACCAUCGACGGCACGCCCGUCCUCCUGCGGGACGGGGACCUCAUCGUGUUCGGCACGCAGCGGCACGGCGUCCCACGUAUGCAUCUCGAGGGCGGCACGAUGGAGGAUUACGGCGGCCGCGCCUCGGCCGUGUUCUUCUUCAUGCCCCAUGGGCAGCACGCCGACGGCGCCAACCCGUGGCGACCCAUCGUGGACCCGGAGGACGGGCCCUCGCGGCAGCUCGUGGCCUGGCGGAGGGACAGGGACCUGGCGACCGAGCCCCAGCGCGCCGGCCUGAGGGCGGGGCCCUUGGGCGAGGACCUCGCGCGCCUUAGGGAGCUCGGCUUCGCGGAGCAGGAGGCUGCCGCGGCCCUGCGAGCCACUGGUUUCGACGUGGGGCAGGCGGCCGAGGCCCUCCUGGCGGGCAUCGCCCCAGCGCUGCUGGAGGGGGCCGCGCAGCAUGGCCCUGGCCAGGAGGGCCCGUGCUGUGCCGCUGCCCGGCUGGCCGUGCUGUACGCCCGGCUGGCCGAUGUGCAUCGCGGCGCAGCUGGGGCCGGGGCCGGCUCGGGCGUUUCGGCCUCGUCGAGCGCGGGCCCAGCCUGUGAAGACGACGCAGAGCUCGCGCGGAAGCUGCAGCAGGAGGACGGCCACGUGGAGCUCCAGGAUGAGGAGCAGGCGAUCCUGGUCGAGAUCCAGAUGCUGGAGGAGGAGGCGCCCGGGGGGGCCGUCGACGAAAGCGCCCUCCAGGCCCAGUUCGCCCAGUACGACGAGAUGCUGGACAGGGAGGACGCAGGCCAAUGGGACGAGCGGGGCGACCUGAUGGCAUCGAUGGCCAAGCGCGAGCACCUCCACAUCGAGCAGCAGGAUCCGGCGACGGUGUAUGCCUACGGCUGCGGAGACGCUCGCGAGAAGGACUUCUUCGAACUCCUGUCCCUCCACUCGAUUCGCGCCCUGUUCGAUCUGCGGGCGCACCCAGAGUCCACGUCUUGCCGGCACUUCCGGCCCGAGGCGCUCCGUCCCGCGUGCAAGGCCAGGGCCAUCGAAUACAAGCACGUGGACCUAGGUCGGGAGGGGGCUUACGGGAUCCUGAAGCACCUGCGGGAGGACGAGGGGCGUAACACGCUGGCGGAGCUCGUGUGGAAGGCGCACAGGAGGCGCACGGCCAUCCUCGGGGCGGAGGCCGACUGGCGGUCGGACCAUCGGCUGGCAAUCGCCGCUCGGCUUGAAGAGGCGGGGCACACAGUCCUGCACGUGCUGAGCGACGGCAGCGUCGAGAGGCAUCCCGAGGGCGCCGGUGUCCCAGACUUCAUCCAGAGCGAGGAGGCAAGGCUGCGCAGGCUGGAGAAGCAGCGCCUGGACGGCGGGCCGCGUUCCACCAAGAGCGCCGCGACCCGCAGCACAGAGGUCGUGGCGCAGAAGCUCGCGAGGCCGCAGGUGGUCAUCGACGCUGCAGAGGAGCUGCGGAAGGCCACCAACCAGACGCAGUUGUGCAGGAUCCAGCGGCGCCUUGCGGACGCAGAGCGCCGGUCCAAGGGCGCGGACGCUGCGCUGAAGCCCAAGCUGCUCAACGCUAGCCAGUGGGUUGUAUCCCAGGCCGAGGAGCAGAGGCAGAACUUGGCCAUCGGCAAGACGAAGGACGGCAGGGAGCGCAAGACGGACGCCGCGACAGCGCCCGCGGACGUGUGGCUCGGAUCGGGCGGCACCUCAGGCGGGAACCCCACAUGCGCCGCGGGCCAGGGUGCGGCGGCCUUAGGCGAGAAGGGCGGCAAAGCUCAAACAGACAGCUCUGCGGCCCCCUCCUCACUGGACGCUGGCGGCAGCUGCCCUGCCGCCGCCGCUGCGGACGUCAGCGUCGUUGGCGCCGUCGUUGGUAGACCGGAGGUCUCCGCGCACGCGCGCGAGGGCGCCGCCUGCGCGGAGGCGGCGUCGGCGCCGUGUCGCGCCGAGCCAGCCAGCCUUGCCUUGCCAGAGGGCGCCGCCUCGUGGCGGUCGCGCCGCCGCGUCGCGGCGGCUGACGCUGGCGCGGAGGCGGCGGCGGCGGCGCCGUGCUGCGCCGGGCCAGAGGCCGCCUCGUGGAGGUCGCGCCGCCACCUGCGCGUGGCGGGCCGCGGUGGCUGACACGAGGCCUGGACGAGGGAUGGUAAGGCGCCAGCUGUUCGCUUUUGCACGGAUCCUGUCAGAGCAAGUCCUGGGUUCACCAGGAGGGCGAAUCCACCGAUCUUGGGCCCAGGACUGGCCUGGCCAGAACCGGCGUGGGUAUAUAGUUUGUAGUUGGGAUCCUCCUACACUCGUUCCUGUCGCUGAUUGCCCUCUUUUCAGCCGGGCCCUCCCUGCGCCCAGAGGCCAACCGCGACCGACUGCGGCUGGUCGCACCAGCGCCCCAGCGCUGGCGGCGGCAGCGGCAAUGCUGCUGGGGGGAGUUUUCGAAUUCGCGCCGUGGUCGGCGACUCCAGGUCGGGGGCGCGCGGCCGUCGCGGAACAAAAA